AUGCUUGCUGAUUCAGCGCCGAAGGGUGAGACUGCAGACUAUUCCUGGAAGCAGUCUGAAGAUGAAGUAGAGGUUACCUUCAAGAAAGAAGGUUUGCAGAAAGGCGAUAAGAAAUACGUGAAAGUUGCAUUUGGAAGGAAGCGCCUGCGAGUAGAGGUCAAAGACCAGGUGAUCAUUGACUCGUCACUUGCUGGCAACACCACUGCUGAUGAGUGCACUUGGACACUCAGUGAUGGUGUGCUGCAAGUGACUCUUGCGAAAGCUGAUGAAGGGACUUGGAGUAUGUCUCAGCCGUUUUUGAAUCAUUUUUCCAGUCAACAUCUUCGUUUUGUGUUUCGCUCACAAGUGAAUGAGGCCUGA